AUGGCGCACCGAUUGGUCCAGCGCGACUGAACAGCUUUUCUUUUUGCAAAGGAAGAAGUUCAUCGCCUGAAAAAACAUCAAUGAAAGCAAAGAAUAAAUCUACCACAGAAGAGAGAAGGCAGGCACGGAUCUCCAGAAGUACCCACCAGCUUGUUCGUCCUCGUGCUCUCCGCGCUGUUCCCCGGGCCGCCGCGUCGCUCCAAGAAGCCAGCGGCACCAAAAGCCCUGCCGAGUGAGUGAGGGAUAGCAGAGCAGGAGCGUCCCGUGGAGCCUCCUGCGGCCCGAGGAAGCGGUGGCCUGAGCUCGGAAGCAGCUCCGCCGACCGCCGGAUCUCCCGGCCGACCGCGCGCGCCGGCGCGGCGGCGGCUCUCCCGGUUGGUUGCCGACGCCUGACGGGGACAGACAAAGUGGUUGGUGGAGGAAGGGGAAAGGUAAGGAAGCAUGGCGGCGAGGCAUCUCCUCCUCCUCCUCGCGCUUGUCUGCCUACAUGCUCCUUCUCACUCGGCUUCGGCUCAGCAGCCGGAGGAGGCGACGGUCAUAGUUAAAGGAUCCACUAAAAUUGCUCAGACGGAUGUGAAUUACAUCUGCGCCACCAUUGACUGGUGGCCGCCGGAGAAGUGCAACUACAAUCAGUGCCCCUGGGGCCAAUCUUCCAUUCUGAAUUUGGAUUUGGAUCACCCCUUUCUGGCUCAAGCCAUUCAAGAAUUUCAUAAUUUGAGGAUUAGGCUGGGAGGCUCUUUGCAAGACCGAGUUGUUUACGAUGUUGGGACAAAUAGUCCGUGCUCUCCAUUCACAAAUGUGUCAAAUGGUUUGUUUGGUUUCUCAGCCGGUUGUCUAAGUAUGGAUAGGUGGGACAAACUGAAUGAUCUAUUCCAAAAAACAGGAGCAAUUAUCACAUUUGGUCUGAAUGCACUCCAUGGAAGGUACAAUGUCCAACGUUCCUUCUGGGCAGGGAAGUGGAACUCUACAAACACCUAUGAUUUUGUCAAAUACACAAUCUCAAAAGGAUACCCAGUUGACUCGUGGGAAUUCGGUAAUGAGCUGAGUGGGCAUGGAACUGGCGCAAGAGUUGAUGCCAAACUUUAUGGAAAGGAUGUAACUGAACUUAAAUCCAUACUCCGGCAGUUGUAUAGGGCACCGCUCUCCCAACCACUCCUGUUAGCUCCUGGAGGAUUCUUUGAUCAACAGUGGUACACCCAGUUACUUCAGACUUCAGGUCACGGUGUUGUUAAUGCCUUGACGCAUCACAUUUACAAUCUUGGUGGAGGGGAUGAUGUCCACCUUAUGAGGAAGAUAGUAGAUCCUAAGUACCUAGAUCGUGCUGAAGACACUUACCGGGACAUGCAACUUACCCUUCAAAGGCAUGGAACAUGGGCUUCUUCUUGGGUUAGUGAAAGCGGUGGGGUGUUCAACAAUGGCCGUCAACUGGUGUCAAAUACUUUCAUGAACAGCAUCUGGUACCUCGAUCAACUUGGAAUGGCAUCGAAGUACAACACAAAAGUGUUCUGCAGGCAGACUCUCAUCGGUGGCAACUACGGUCUGCUUGACACGCAGACAUUCUUACCAAAUCCUGAUUACUACAGUGCUCUGCUGUGGCAUCGGCUUAUGGGCAAUGGAGUUCUCUCCGUCGAUAUAAAUGCACCGCGUAAGCUGCGUGCUUAUGCCCACUGCACCAAGCGACACGUAAGAAUCCGACGCUUUCACCUUCUUAAAGCGGAACUGGUUGAGAUAGUUUCAGAAAGGAAUCACUAUCCUCCUGAUCAACCUAAGCAACAGCACCGUGUACAACGUGACCCUCCAAAACGACCUCAACGUGAGCGUCGAGAGGAGAACCGGCCACCGGAGGCGCAGCAGCGGCCUCAGAAGAGCAGUGUCAUGGCUGGGAAGCAAGCCGUCGAGCGAGAGCACGAAGAGGGACGAGUACCAUCUGACCGCCAAGGACGGCGACCACCAGAGCAGGACGAUGCUGCUCAACGGCGUCCCGCUGGAGCUGGGGGACGGCGGCGGCGUGCCAGCCCUGAACCCGGUGCCCGCCGCCGUGGAUUCGCCCGUGCACCUGGCCCCGACGUCGAUCGUGUUCGUGGUCCUGCCGAGGUUUGAGGCCAAGGCCUGUUCUUGAGUGGAGAAGGUUCUUUAUCACAAGGACAUUUUCACUUAUCACCUUGAAUCGGCAUUUUCACUUAUCAUCCUGAAUCUUCUUCGCCGUUGAGAGCAUCCUAACUUCAAACUAACAACAAAGGGAAAAAGUCUCACGGCCGAGCCACAGAUCACCACAUUCAUCAGUCAGGAAUGAUGCAAGCAUGGCGGAGAUGAGAUCAAAGUAGAUAGUUUUGGAAAAAGUCGCUAUUAUUCAAACAGCUACCCGCAGAUUUUAAAUUACCAGUUCUGUACAUUACAGAAUUAAAAGUUUAAAUUCAUGUUUGUUGGGGCCUCCUCACAAAGAGGAGACACCCUCCAAAAAUUAGG